AUGGCACACUGCAAGACAGAGCAGGAGGACUGGCUGUUGGCCCACCUGAAGUACCUGCUCUUCAUCUUCAACUUCUUCUUCUGGGUCGGUGGGGCAGCUGUCAUGGCUGUGGGUGUCUGGACACUGGUGGAGAAGAGUGGUUACCUCAGCAUCUUGGCCUCCAGCACAUUUGCUGCCUCUGCCUACAUCCUCAUCUUUGCUGGUGCUCUUGUCAUGACAACUGGCUUCCUGGGCUUCGGGGCCAUCAUCCGGGAGCAGAAGAGCUGUCUCUCCGUGUAUUUCUGCCUGUUGCUGGCCAUCUUCCUCGUGGAGCUGGUGGCAGGGGUCCUGGCACAUGUGUACUACCGGAGGCUGAGUGACGAAUUGAAGCAGCAUCUGAACAGCACCCUGACUGAGCGCUACGGGCAGCCAAGGGCCGCAGAGAUCACAGCCUCGGUGGACCGGCUGCAGCAGGAUUUCAAAUGUUGUGGCAGCAACAGCUCGGCCGACUGGCAGCACAGCACGUACAUCUUGUCCCAGGAAGCCCAGGGGCGCCAGGUGCCCGACAGCUGCUGCAAAACCGUGGUGGCACACUGCGGCCAGCGGGCCCACCCCUCCAACAUCUACAAGGUGGAGGGAGGCUGCAUGGCGAAGCUGGAGCAGUACCUGGCUGACCACCUGCUGCUCAUGGGCGCAGUGGGCAUUGGGGUGGCCUGUCUUCAGAUCUGCGGGAUGGUUCUCACCUGCUGCUUACACCGAAGGCUCCAGCAACACUUUUACUAA